GACUCUGCUGUGGCGGGGUCCGGGGGCUCCGCAGAGCUCCCUGUGCCCGCUCCCCUCGGAGCGCGGCGCCGGGGGGGGGCGGCACAAGAUGGCGGCGGGCGCGGCGCUGCUGGCGCUGCUGCUCGCGGCCGCGGCCAUGGCCGCCCUGCUGUGGCGGCGCGGGGCGGGCGCUGCGGGCCGCGUCUGCGUGGCCGUGCUGGGCGACCUGGGCCGCAGCCCGCGGAUGCAGUACCACGCGCUCUCGCUGGCCCGGCACGGCCGCGGAGUCUCGCUGCUGGGUUAUCUCGAGAGCAGGCCGCACGGAGAUGUGCUGCGGAGUGACAAGAUACGGCUGGUGCCCGUGGCGGAGCUGCGGGGGCUGCGGGUUGGCCCAAAGCUUUUCCAGUAUGUCAUAAAAGUCAUCGUGCAGGCAGUACAGUUAUUGUACACAAUGCUGAAAAUAGAUCAGCCAUCCUAUAUUCUCCUUCAGCAGAAUCCUCCAGGCUUACCCAGUAUAGCUGUUGCCUGGGUAGCCUGUCUUUUCUGGAGAAGCAAACUGAUAAUUGACUGGCACAACUAUGGAUACACUAUCAUGAGUCUGAGUCAUGGAAGAAAUCACCCCCUGGUACAAAUUGCAAAAUGGUAUGAAAAGCUUUUUGGGCGUUUGUCUGACUAUAACUUGUGUGUCACCAACGCCAUGAGGGAAGAUCUGUGGGUGAAUUGCAACAUAAAGGCAGUAACACUGUAUGACAAGCCACCUGCUUAUUUUAAGGAAACACCAUUAGAGCUUCAGCAUCAGCUGUACAUGAAACUUGCCAAAGACUAUGAGCCUUUUAAACCACGUGCAGAGCCUGACAGUGAGAAUGCUGAGAGAUCUGCCUUCACAGAAAUGGAAGGGGAAAAUGGGCAAGUGGUAAAACCCCCAGGACGACCAGCCCUUCUGAUCAGCAGCACAAGCUGGACAGAGGAUGAAGAUUUUUCAGUCCUUUUAAAAGCUUUGGAAGAUUAUGAGCAGUAUGUCAAGGAGGGAGUCAGGCUUCCACCCCUCGUCUGUGUGAUCACAGGCAAAGGACCUCUCAAAGAGUACUACAAGGGACUGAUAAAUCAGCUGCACUUUAAACAUAUUCAGAUCUGCACACCAUGGCUGGAAGCUGAGGAUUACCCUCUUCUGCUUGGCUCAGCAGACCUGGGGGUGUGUCUCCACAAGUCCUCCAGUGGUUUGGAUUUGCCCAUGAAGGUGGUGGAUAUGUUUGGCUGCUGUUUGCCUGUGUGUGCAAUACAUUUUGAGUGUUUACAUGAGCUGGUGAAACACAAUGAAAAUGGCCUGAUAUUCAGGGACUCAAGUGAACUUGCAGAACAGCUCAAGAUGCUUUUCCUGGGAUUUCCUACACUGGAAAGCAAACUUCACAGCUUCAGAAGAAACCUCCGUGCAUCCCAGCAGCUGCGCUGGGAUGAGAGUUGGGACCAGACUGUGCUUCCUUUGCUUGGGUAGAAUGAAUGACUUGGUGAGGGAGGAGGCCCCAAAACAGCUCCUACAUUCCUGGAGCUGUUGAUAAACAGCAAACAAACACUU